UUUUCUCUCGUACUACUCGUAUGUGCCGAUUAGAACACAGUACAGCGUUUUGGCAACGGUAGAGCAUGCUAUCCUCCGCUAGUAUAGAUUACCUUAUCAUUGGGGUCGACGAUAGCCCGACGUAUAUUGACAACCUCAUUAUGGAAUCGAUCCCUGAGGAGGAGGAUGAAAUGCGCUUUCUUGCGCUGAACUUUGACUCAUAUGGAAGCACACGGAAGCAUUUUCGCGGAUUAGAUUUCAGCGAAAAGGAAGAACCCUGGCUUCGUUUUCGGUAUAAAAGAUGACCCCUCGAAGGUAGUGGGAAGACAGUCUUCGAUUUCAUUUCUGCGUUGCUCGUCGUCGUCGUCGUUCCUUGGAAGAACUUUUCCGUGUGCAGCGAUAUGGCCCCAACACAACACAAUAUGGCCGCUGUGUGCUACGGUCCUGAUGAUUUGCGCCUAGUGUCCAUUCCGGUGCCGGAACCGGCCUUCAACGAGGUCGUGCUGGAAGUGGACAGCUGUGGGAUCUGCGGUACGGAUGUGCACUUUCUCAAGGAAGGUGGCUUUGGCGAUCAGAAGCUGAUCCGACCGCUAGUGUUGGGCCAUGAGUCUGCCGGUGUGGUGCGUAAAGUGGGCAGCUCGGUGACCCAUCUCAAGGUGGGUGAUCGUGUUGCAAUCGAACCGGCAGCCGGAUGCCGAACCUGCGAUCUGUGCAAGGCUGGCAAGUACAAUGUCUGCCUCACUGGAAAGCACUGUCCGACGAAGAACCACGAUGGCAACUGCUCUAACUACUUCGCCCACUAUGCGGACUGUUGCUUCAAGCUGCCGGACCAUGUAACGAUGGAAGAGGGCGCACUGCUGGAACCGUUGGCUGUCGGGGUGUAUGCGGGACGACGGGCAGAUAUCCGGCUCGGGAGCCGUGUCGUUAUCUUCGGUGCCGGACCGAUCGGGUUGAUCUCGCUGAUCGUUGCACGUGCGAUGGGAGCCACGCGGACCGUCGUACUGGAUUUGGCACGGGUCAGUAAAAGGCUGGAAGUAGCGAAGAAACUUGGCGCUACAGCCGUCAUACCGAUUGGUGCCGAGGACAAAGAAGACGAUCUGGUUGCACGCAUUCAGCAAGCUCUUGGAGGACCGGCUGAUCGAGUGCUGGAAUGCACGGGAUCGCAGCCUGGCAUGCGCAUCUCUAUCAGGGCCACACGGAAUGCCGGCAUCGUGUGUCUGGUCGGGUUGGGCAACGAAGAAGUGCAGCUACCGAUGGUUGAUGCCAUUUCUCGAGAAAUUCAAAUCAUCACCGUCAUGCGGUAUAAUCAUGACUAUCCCGCUGCGAUGGAGAUCGUAUCGAGUGGGUACGUUGAUGUGAAGCCCCUGGUUUCGCAUCAUUUCAGUCUGCAAGAUGUGAAUGAAGCCUUCCGGGUUGCAGCUUCCGGCGAAGGAUUGAAAGUGAUGGUACAUCUCACUCCGAGGGACAGCAACAAUCCGGUGAAGUUUGUGAAUUAAAUCUCAUUCAUCGCAGAAGAAGGUGGGCGGAACUCUGUUGAAAGGAAUAAAUAAACGGCAAAACAAAUUCGUCCCCAGCGGAGUAGAGAAGUUGAUAACAAAGGCUUAUCUGAUGGC